AUGGCUAGUAUUGAAGAAUUGCAGAAGAAAGUAAGCGAACUGGAAGCAAAACUAGCGAUAGCUCAAGGAAAUGCUGGUCCUGUUCGUCAGAAAAUCGACGUUAUGUCCUCCGAAGUUGUGGAUUCCAAUCCCUACAGUCGUCUCAUGGCACUAAAGAGAAUGGGCAUUGUGGACAAUUAUGAGAAGAUCCGUGAGCUUUCUGUUGCUGUGGUUGGUGUGGGAGGAGUGGGCAGCGUCACCGCAGAGAUGCUGACGAGAUGUGGUAUAGGAAAGUUGAUUCUCUACGAUUAUGACAAAGUGGAGCUGGCAAACAUGAACCGCCUGUUCUUCCAACCGCACCAAGCAGGUCUCAGCAAGGUGGCCGCGGCUGCCGCCACGCUGCAGGCCAUCAACCCAGAUGUGGCCAUAGAGGCCCACAAUUAUAACAUCACAACAGUGGAUAACUUCCAGAAGUUCUGCGAUUCUAUCAGUAAGGGCAGCCUCACGAACGGUCCAGUGGACCUAGUUCUCAGUUGCGUGGAUAACUUCGAGGCUCGGAUGGCCAUCAACACAGCUUGCAAUGAACUCAACCAACGCUGGUUCGAAUCUGGGGUCAGCGAGAAUGCGGUCUCUGGACACAUACAGUUUAUUAUACCGGGAGAGACCGCGUGUUUUGCUUGUGCCCCACCGCUCGUGGUUGCGUCGAAAAUCGACGAGAAGACGCUGAAGAGGGAGGGCGUGUGCGCCGCCAGCCUCCCCACCACCAUGGGCAUCGUGGCCGGAUUUCUGGUACAAAACACGCUGAAAUAUCUACUAGAGUUCGGCAACGUCAGUCACUAUUUGGGCUACAGUGCGCUCACCGACUUCUUCCCAGCCAUGAGCUUGAAGCCGAACCCGCAAUGCGAGGACUCGUUCUGCCGCUCGCGCCAGGCCGAGUUCAGCGCGAGGCCCGCCGUCGAGCUCGCCACCGAGGUCAAGGAGGACCCCGCACCGCUGCACGAAGAUAACGAGUGGGGUAUCAGUUUAGUGGAUGAAAACUCUCCCAUCGAAGAAACACCUGUUUUGAAUCUCGUAGAUGGAGUUCAGGUUGCAUACAGCAUCCCAGUGGACAACAGUACUCCAGAGUCGAGUACAGGCGGUGCUGUGGCCGCGUCAGAGCUAUCUCUCGAGGAAUUGAUGCAGCAGAUGAAAUCUAUGUAAAUUUGUAUAAUUAUUUAUUGAAUUCAGAAAUUUUCUCAUUUAGAGCAUUUGAAAUAGCAGUUUUUCUAUUCAUAAAUGUCAAUGUUUACGAAAAUAUAAGUAAUUUUUAAAUAAAUAACAAUAAAGAAUAUAAAUUAAUAUUUUUUUUUUACAAAACAAAGUGAAUAUAGAACUUUUAUCAUUCAUAUUAAUUGUAAUAUACGAAAAAACGAUUUUAAGUUGUUAAUAUGAAAUUAAUAAUAUAAUGGAUGAUUUCUCCCAAUAUCUUUAGUUUCUAUUGGCUUUAAAGCAUAUGACAAAUAUUAUGUCUAGGUUUUAAUACUAAAAGUGUUUGCGGAAUAAAAAGAUUAGUGAACGCUGAUAUUUAGGCAACAUUUUAUAACAUAUACGCUAGAAAUAUUUGAUAAAAUUCAUUUAGUUUCGUACUAGAAUUUUGUGUUUAUUUUUAUUACUCAAUGUAAAUUCUGUAUUUAAAUAAAAAAAAUUAUAAAUUCAUAAAUUAAUCAGCUUAUCAUGUUGACGAAACAUAUCUAUUGUUGAAAACAUGUCAAUGUGUGUUCUAUGUGACGCUGCGUUAAAUGAUUCAAGUCACAAUUAAGUUAAAAUGGCCUAGGUACCAUAGUUAAUGCUAGUUUUGACAAAAACGCGUUGUGUAAAUUAUGAGAAAUAUAUAUAUCAUUAAUGUAUAUUAUAUUUAAAUUAUUAAAGCUAUUGAAGUUAUAUUAGAAAAUUGUAAUUAUAUAUGUGCAAGGGAUAAAUUUUAAAUGUUUAUGUAUGUAAUAUGUUGAUGUUGUUAUAGAUGAAGAUACCUUUACAUUUUAUAUGUUUAACUUCAGGGCAUAUAGUGGAAUAUAAUAUGUGCUUUUAAAUUUACCUUUUCCAUUACAUAGAUUCAUCGGAUAAAGAUUCAAAUUCAGUUGCAAAUGUUAAAUGCAAUCUAAGAACAAAAAUUCAUCAAAAACAAAAAAA